GAAGCAGCAGCAGCUGUUUAUCUUCAGUCAGCACCAUUCAGUGGUCAAUACAGGGUUUGGGUGGUUUUCAUUUUGAAACGUCAUUGAGUCAGUGUCCCUUCUGCGUAAUAGCCUAGAAACGCUAAAGAUUCGGUGUUGCACGUCUGGACCAAAGGCUCCGAUUGUUUUCGUCGCUGUUCUGGUGCUUUACGUUGCAGAAGAAUAUGGUUUUCUCAUCGUCCCAACAAGUGGUGGUCGCAUUUACGGCGGUGUUAUUUGCGUUUGUGGUGUUCCCUAGAAUGUUCGGCGUAGGGUCCGGGGCGAAGGAAACAAGAGGUUUUGAUGCACGCUACAACAGAAAAGCGGGUCCGGGACCUGGACCAGGUGCAGUGAGAGGGCAGCCGGUCAACAAGAACACGGCCGGCUCCAUGAACAAAGCUCAGACCCUGGAGAACAUGCAACAGAUGAAGAUGAUGAUGGAGCAGGAGAUGAAGGGUGACAAAUACAAAACCAACAGCAACAAGGGCUACGUUUUCACGCUGAUGCCGCUCUAUGCCAUCGGAGUCGGCCUCUUUGCAGCAUACAAAUUUCUGAAGAUCAAGUCUGCAGAUGACUCCCAAGCCCAAAAGAAGAAGGAUGCAAAAGGUCCCAAUAAGUCGGAGGAGACAGAGAAUCAGCUUACAGAGCUGGAGCAGCGGCUAGCGCAAACAGAGAAGAUGCUCAACUCCAUUCUCACCCAACUGGACCCAUUGACAAGUUGUGUCAAGUCUGUGGCCCAGGAACAGAAGAACGAGAUCAUGUCCCAGCUCCAGUCCAUCCGCCACCUGAUGAAGAAGAGAGGCAUGGACUGUCCACCCCUCAACAUUGAAGAGCCGCAGUGCGAGAGGAACCUGGAUGACCUCAUCGCGUCUCUGGCAGCCCACGACGACACCCAGCCAGAGGGGGUCGCUGCUGCGGCAGACGAACAAAGUGGUGUCGGGAAAGAGGCACCAGAGCCAGUCCACAACCAGCAUCACCACCCCGAAGCUAAGGACGAGUACUCAGCGACAGACGCUGGAGGGGAGGAGGAGCAGCUGGAGGAGGAGGAGGAUAAAGAUGACAGUGAGGUCAUGCCCUCGUUGGAGGAUUCUUGUGAAACAAACAUUGAGGACAUAGGGGUAGCACAGAGCAUUCCAGAAGAAAUGCCUACAACUGCGCUCAGACGACGCAACAGGCUGGAAUGAACAGGGAAAAAAGGGUGUAUUUUCUCAUUCUUAAUGGCACUACUGCGGUCUUUUCAAUAAUGCUCUUGCUUUGGGGUCGCAGUUGAAUAAGAAAGGGCAGCUAUCAAUGUGAAAUUAUUUUGUCCAAGGUUCUUCCUGACAAAGAAAAUCCCCAAAAGCCUAUCUCCAUAUAGCUUUUGACUUGGGUCUGGAGGUUUUCUUUGUCAGGCCCCAAGUAUGAGGCCUGUUUUCCAUCCUUGAACCAAACGUUAGUUAGUACGUAAGGCACCUGUAAAUGUGUUUUCAUCACGUGACUGCUGCUUGGAAACCCUGUACAUCUCAUUAUGUGCUGCCAUCUUUUAGAAAGGGUCGUUACGGCCCUAAAUAUCAAGACUCCAAAGUGUGUGUUGUUGUUAUGCAAUCCGUACAACAUAGAAUAGUCAAAAUAAUUAAAAAUAUGUCAAACAUAGUCAGCUAUAAAUAGCUACAUUUAGAUUUUUCUACUAAAUACACAGGUGCAAGUUUGUGACGUUUGGCUUGUCGUAUCAUUUGUCUGUUUUCAGACAUCUUAUGCAUGUGUUUUUCUCUGCAACUGAUCUUGAAUGUCCUGGUGAAUACAACUGCAUGAGUUAUCUUACUAGAGGGAGAUGCAGGACAAUCAUGAAUUUAUUGAUGACUUAGAGUCUAAAUCAGGGCUCUAACCCUGUUCCUGGAGAUCUACUGUCUAGUAGGUGUUCUCUCCAACCCUAAUCUAGCACACCUGAUUCUAAUAAUUAGCUGGUUGAUUAGCAGAAUCCAGUUAGUUACAACUGGGGUUGGAGUGAAAACCUACAGGAGGGUAGCUCUCCAGGAGCAGAGUUGGAGAGCCCUGGUCUGAAUUAAUUUGCGUUCUGAUCGGGUCUUGGUCCAUUUUGUUUAGUCAACACAACCAUGCAUUUAAUUCUGUUUUUUAUAUUUGUUUCCUUUUAUUUAAGUAUUUUAUGUGGUAAUCUAUCAUUGACUGUAGUUAACACAAAAGUUAGUCUCUGGUUAGCACCAACACUACAGGAUAAAACUACAGGAGGAACAGAAAUCAAAUAAUCUCAUUGGUUUUGUCUUAAAUCGCACCCUACCUAUUCCCUAUAUAGUGCACUACUUUUAACCAGGGCCCAUAGGCCUCUGGUCAAAAGUAGAGCACUAUGUAGGGAAUAUGGUGCCAUGAUCUGUGUUGAAAUACUUUACCAGCAACCAAAUAAUCACGUUGUCUGUGUAGAAACGCUGUACCGCAAGACUUUUCAAAACUCUGACAAAUGUCCAAGCUUAUCUUGUGAUAAUUAACGUUUGGAGCAAAUAUUCAGCAUUUAGCAAACGCACAAUUCAUAUCUUUGGAAACAAUGUUUGUCUCCUUAUGUUUGUGAGGUCAUUUGUUGGCUAAUUAUAUUUAUUUGUAUGGCUGUGUUCUUGGAUAUGCAUAACUGAGGAAAGAUGGGAACAAAUGUUCCACGCCUUACUAGAAAAUAAAGGUGUUAUGUGGCUACUC